GGAUAUAUAAUGUGCUAUAUUUGAGCAAAAUAGAUUGUUGUGUUGUGCAUUGGUUUGCAAUUGUUUUUUGUAGUACAGCUGAUAUAAGCAAAGUUGCUAAUGUGUAUAAGUAUAAAUUUAAUUAUAAGGUUAGUUUCCCUUUAUGGCCCACAGACACACAACUGACGUGCUACAGCCAUAGAAACCGCUGAUAAGCUCGGUGUAUGGCAGCUUUUUUUUUUUUUAUCUGUUUUCUAUGCAAAAUGCUUCUGCACUUUUUGCUGUGUCUUCUCAAGGCUCUGGAUUCUAAAACUAAUAACCCAGCUCAUUAAACGUGACAUAAAAUAUAUGUUGGUUCCACUAAUGAAGUUCUCUGACCUUUUAAUCACUUCUCAAAAAUGUCAAAUAAUAUUUUUUCCCCAUUAAUCUCUCUUCACUGCUUUAAAAUUUAUCCAUGGAAGCCUGAAAUGGACAAUAAAAAAGCCUGAGUGGUAGGAGGUGUUUUAGCAGGCGGCUCCUGUCUCGCCGCUGUCUCUGUUCUCCCUGCAGCAUCGGCCGCAGCCAUGUCCGGGUUCAAUCUACUGCAUCUGGUCAGCCAAGGCCAACCUGUAAAACUCAAGGCCUGCGGGCUCCCCUCAGGAACGUGCCGAAGUAAGAAGACAUGGCCCAAGACGUUCCCCGAGGAGGAGCUGAGGAAGCGAUUGACCCCCAUGCAGUACCAUGUUACUCAGCAAAAGGUCACAGAGAGUGCUUUCACAGGAAAAUACACAGAUAACAAAGAGGAAGGAACCUACCACUGUGCCGUUUGCAGUGCCCCUCUUUUCACGUCUGAUAAGAAGUUUGACUCUGGAUCAGGAUGGCCGUCCUUUUUUGAUUUGAUCAAUAAGGACUCUAUAACACUAACUGAUGACUUUUCGUAUGGGAUGCACAGAGUGGAGACAACCUGCAGUCAGUGUGGUGCUCACCUGGGCCACCUUUUUGAUGAUGGACCUCGACCAACAAAGAAACGCUACUGCAUAAACUCCGCUUCUCUCAAUUUCCAGGCGAAAAACUGUGCCUCUGAGGAGGUGGAAGCAUCUGGAGGAGCAGGUCAAUCACUACCUUCUAGUAAGAAUGAAGAACUUUAAUAGGACUUGAAA